AUGACUCCAGACAUGGAGAACCCGCUGCACUCGCUGCCGCAUUACGUCACCGGGGAGUACGCGCACAACAAGACGUUCCUCGAGGACAACGAGUACGCGCGCGCGCUCGACUGUUUCGUCAAGGGCGUCGUCGACGUUUUCCUCACGGACCCGAGAGGGAAGAUCCUCCUCGGGCACCGCCUCGUGCACCCGCAGCCGGACUGGUGGGUCCUCGGCGGCCGCAUGCGCGCCGGGGACACGCCCGCGGAGACCGCGCGAAGGAACGCGAUCCGCGAGACGCGGCUGGACAUCGCCCCGGAGCGAUGGGAGUUCGUCUGCGCGCACACGAUGCUGUGGCAGUUUCGCAAGCAAGCGCCGUCGGGGAACGGCACCGCGGACUUUGGCGUCAUCAUGCACGCGGUCGUGACCGACGAGAAGUCGCCGAUGACGAUGUGCAACGAGGAGUACGACGGGUACGGGUGGUACACCUCUGAGGAAAUUUUAGCGGACGAGAGCAAGCAUCCGGUCGUCAGACGUGGGGUGCGCGAGCUCAUCCGGAAAGGGAUGAAGGAGCGCAUUCACGCAGCCGUCGUCUCGGGCGCGGACGACGCGACGAUCGCGGCGGCGGUGCGCCAGCUGUACGCGCCGUUAGGGGGUGACGUGGACACCCCGAUCGCGACCGGCGAAGCCGCGGGAGGGGGGGAAGCGUGA